AUGAGCUAUUUUGUAUCUCCGCCUGAGCCUUAUAGAGAAGGAGCGGCGGAAAACAUAAAUGGCAGUUUAUUAAUAUCUCUUCAUGAAGUAAUGCAAACAGAGAAAGCAAACUAUAUGGUUCAAGAUAUUAUUGGCUCAGGAGGAUUCUCAGAAGUUUAUAAAGUUAUCGACGUUGAAACGCAGCAAGUAUAUGCGAUUAAGAUAUACAAGCAUUUACCAGACCAUUCACAAAUUGACCGACAAGCCGAGAGAGAAAUUAUGGUUUUAACUGAAUUUAAUACUUUCAACAACGGAACUGAACUAAACACGAUAGGUACGAUGAUAGAUUGGUUUGAAUACAAACGUCAUAAAGUAAUUUUAAUGAAUUUUUAUCCUUUUUCAUUACUUCAGCUUAUCCAAAUGCGUGGCCUCGGUUUCCCAAUAUCUCUAGUACAACAAGUAGCAAGAGAGAUAUCACAAGCAAUCAAACUACUACACAGGAAAAAUUAUAUUCACGGGGAUAUUAAACCAGAAAAUAUUGUUAUAGAUACAAAUAAUCAGCCAAAACUUAUCGAUUUCGGAAGUACUCUGAUAUCAGGCGAUCCUGAUUUCUUUUACAUACAAUCAAGAUUUUACCGAGCACCAGAAAUUAUUUUACAGCUUGGCUGUUCACAAAAAAUUGAUAUAUGGUCUUUUGGAUGUCUCCUUGCGGAACUGUAUCUUGGUUGGCCUCUUUUCCCUGGUACGACCACACUACAAAUGCUACAGAUGAUUGAAUUCACGGUAGGAAAGUUCCCUAAAUCUAUUGUAGACCAGGUAAGGCAGUUUGACACUACUUAUUUUGAUGAUAAUGGAAAUAUUAAUAGAUAUCAGUUUCCGAGUAAUCUUUAUACACUGGAAUACUUAGUAAUGAACUAUUUUUGCGCUGAAAAUAAUGAUGAGCAUUCUAUAGAAAUAGAUCGGCGAAGAAAAUCUAUAUUUUUAGAUCUCCUUAGGAAUUUACUUAAAAUUGAUCCACGACAAAGAUAUACUAUUGAUCAAAUCAUUCAUCAUCCAUUCUUACAUGAAAAUAUGGUAUAA